AUCGUUAUAGGUGCGGUCACAUUGCUUCGCACUCGCUGUCGAAUUCGGUUGUCUUUUUUUUGGGUAUUAUUUUAAAUAAAUCGUGUCGCAGCGAUCGGAUUCCCUUAUAAUACUUGGCCGCCAAUCCGGAAAGAGAAAUGUCGCUGAAUCCGCAGUACGAGGAAAUUGGCAAGGGAUUUGUGCAGCAGUACUAUGCGAUAUUCGAUGACCCGGCGAAUCGGGCGAACGUGGUUAAUUUCUACAGCGCUACCGAUUCCUUCAUGACUUUUGAAGGUCACCAAAUACAGGGUGCGCCCAAGAUCCUCGAGAAAGUUCAGAGCCUGAGUUUUCAGAAGAUUACCCGUGUGAUAACCACAGUAGACUCGCAGCCCACAUUCGACGGCGGAGUGCUGAUCAAUGUCCUCGGAAGACUACAGUGCGAUGACGAUCCCCCGCACGCCUUCUCGCAGGUGUUUAUGCUGAAGGCCAACGCGGGCACCUUCUUCGUGGCCCACGACAUCUUCCGUCUUAACAUCCACAACUCGGCCUAGGAGCCCUCCACUCUGCUGGACAUAUAUCCCAUAUAUAUCUGCACCACUCAACAACAACACACACCCGUCAUCCAAAGAUGACCAGCGCGUAAAGACGACAAUGGCUAGCAGUGGAACUCAAUAAACUCAACAACAAAAAUAACAACACAACAGCGGUCAACAAGUUCAGUUCUCACGUCUAUCAACAAAUGAAAAAAAAGCAAAAAAAAAAAACAAACAAUAAAAAAAUGAAAUCAAAUGCUAACUACUAUUACGAUGUAAACAAAAUGGGCCACCAGCUCACCUUUAUUUAUGUCGCAUUGCGCCCGGUACUCUCGAUUAACGGGCACCCAUCGAAUUGUAUAUUCUGUGAACACCUGCAUCUCGGGAUCUAAUUUAGCUAGUGCUAUCAAAUUUGGUAUGUGGGCAGCUUACAGUUCUGCUUACAAUUUUACCGGAAAAUAAUCCUCAACUACUUUACCCAAAAUUAAUCUUUUUGUUCAAGAGAUCUAAAAUUCCCAAAGAGUUAUAAUCAUUUUUUUACUGUACUUAUUGAAAUUAUUUUAGAUAGUCUUAUUGCAAAUGUUUUAAAUCGAACAAAAUCUGAGUACCGGGAUCAUUAGAUGGUCGAGAAUGACGACUCUAGCUUUCUUGUAUGACUAAUUGAGUGAUGGCGAAUUACUUUUUAUUGAGACAAAAAAAAAGAAUACUUAAAUAUAAAGAUUAACGUUAA